AUGACGGCGAUCGGCGCGCAGGGCUCCGCGCUCGAGGCGGGCCGGCACCUGCUGACCCUUAUCCAGGCGCAUCCGUGGCUGUUCUCCCUCGCGGCUUUCCUCGCCUGGUUCGCAGCCCGCAUCUAUGUCACCAAGUACCACGGGCCAUUCAGCAAGCUGCCCGGCCCGAAGCGCGCGCACUGGCUCAUCGGCAAUGGCAUCGAGGUGAUGAACCUGACGCCGAAGGAUGCGCACCAGCGCUGGCUCGACGGGACCGAGGGCACGGUCAAGAUCCCGCGCGUGCUGGGGCAGCACUACGCGUGCGUCACCGAUGACCUCAAGGCGUCGCAGUACAUGUGGACGCACCCGGAUCUGUUCAUCAAGCCCGAAGGCGGCCGCAAGAUCCUCGAGGACGCGCUGGGUCUCGGCCUCGUCGCGGCGGAAGGCAAGCUGCACCGGCGCCAGCGCCGAGUCCUGAACCCGGCAUUCGGGUGGCCGCAGCUCGUGCCCAUGGCGCCGACGAUUUUCGAGAAGGCGUACGAGCUCCAGCGCAAGAUGUUCCGUACGCUCGAGGAGCCCGACGGCGGCAAGGGCGUCGACCACGUCCCGGGCAAGCGCAAGCUGGACGUGCUCUCGUUCGUCUCGCAGGCGACGCUCGAUAUCAUCUCCCUCGUCGGAUUCGGGUACGACUGCCAAGCAUUGGGUGAUGAGCCCAACGAGCUCCGCGAGGCGUACAACCAGACCCUGGCCACGGUGUUCAACAUAACGCUCAUGAGCAUCGUGCAGUUUGCCCUGGGGCGCGUUGCCGGCUGGAUCCCGACCGAGCGGCAGCGCAUCUCGCACGCUGUAAGGGCCAAGAGCCAGGAGAUUGGCAUGGCCAUCGUGGCGGAGAAGAAGGCGCAGCUGCUCGCGUCCAACAACGGCGUCAUCGAGAAGAACUCGCAGGAUCUCGGCAAGGACUGUCUCUCCCUGCUCAUCAAGGCGAACAUGGCGCCCGACCUGCGCGACGACCAGCGUCUGUCCGACGCCGAGGUCGCCGACCAGUGCUCGACGAUUCUGUUUGCCGGCCACGAGACGACAGGCACGGGCCUCAUGUGGACGCUCUACCACCUCGCGUGCAACCAGGAUGUGCAGGAGAAGCUGCGCAGGGAGCUGCUCGAGGUCGACGCGCGCGAGCCGAGCUGGGACGAACUCAACGCCCUCCCCUACCUCGACGCGGUGGUGCACGAGUCGCUCCGGCUCGACAGCCCCGUGCCCAUGUCCUCGCGCGUGGCGACGGCGAAUGCGGUGAUCCCGCUCUCCAAGCCGAUCACGCUGACGAAUGGCGAGAAAAUCAACGAACUCCACGUCCCCAAGGGCGCCGAAGUCUCCACCCCGAUCGCGUACAUCAACACGUCGACCAAGAUCUGGGGCCCCGACGCGCGUUCCUUCAACCCCGACCGCUUUGCGCGCGACGGCAUUCCCGCACAGCAGACCCCGGGCGUGUGGGGCAACCUCAUGACCUUCCUCGCCGGGCCGCGGAACUGUAUCGGCCACCGCCUCACUGUGAUCGAGAUGAAGAUUGUGCUCUUCGUGCUCAUUCGCAGUUUUAGGUUUGAGAUUCCGCCGAGCCAGCCGCAGCUCAAGAAGACGUGGCUCGUUAUCCAGCGCUGCGUGGUUGUCGGCGAGGAUAAGGCGGGUCCCCAGAUGCCGCUUAUGGUUAGUGCUGUUGAGAACUAG